AUGGGGGUGAACGCGGUGCACUGGUUCCGCAAGGGGCUGCGGCUGCACGACAACCCGGCGCUGCGUGAGUGCAUCCAGGGCGCCGACACCGUGCGCUGCGUUUACAUCCUCGACCCCUGGUUCGCGGGGUCCUCCAACGUGGGCAUCAACCGGUGGCGGUUCCUGCUUCAGUGUCUUGAGGAUCUUGAUGCUAAUUUGCGGAAAUUAAAUUCUCGUUUGUUUGUGAUUCGUGGACAGCCAGCAGAUGUGUUCCCUAGACUCUUUAAGGAAUGGAACAUUACAAAGCUUUCCAUUGAAUAUGAUUCUGAGCCAUUUGGGAAGGAGAGAGAUGCAGCAAUUAAGAAGUUGGCUAGUGAAGCAGGAGUGGAAGUCAUUGUUCGAAUUUCACAUACAUUGUAUGACUUGGACAAAAUUAUAGAAUUAAAUGGAGGACAGCCACCUCUUACCUAUAAAAGAUUCCAGACACUAAUUAGUAGAAUGGAACCACUGGAGAUGCCAGUGGAGACUAUCACUGCAGAAGUAAUGGAGAAAUGUACCACACCAGUUUCUGAUGAUCAUGAUGAGAAGUAUGGUGUUCCAUCGCUUGAAGAGCUAGGGUUUGAUACAGAUGGCUUGCCUUCUGCAGUGUGGCCAGGGGGAGAAACGGAAGCUCUCACACGGCUGGAAAGACACUUGGAAAGAAAGGCUUGGGUAGCAAACUUUGAAAGACCACGGAUGAACGCAAAUUCCCUAUUGGCAAGUCCAACGGGGCUUAGCCCUUAUCUUCGGUUUGGGUGUCUGUCAUGUCGUCUCUUCUAUUUCAAGUUAACGGAUCUGUAUAAAAAGGUAAAGAAGAACAGUUCCCCUCCUUUGUCCCUCUAUGGCCAGCUUUUAUGGCGUGAAUUUUUCUACACGGCAGCAACUAGUAAUCCACGUUUUGAUAAAAUGGAGGGAAAUCCCAUCUGCGUUCAAAUUCCAUGGGAUAAGAAUCCCGAGGCUUUGGCCAAGUGGGCAGAAGGCAGGACAGGCUUUCCUUGGAUUGAUGCAAUUAUGACACAGCUCCGUCAAGAAGGCUGGAUUCACCAUUUAGCCAGACAUGCUGUGGCAUGCUUCUUGACUCGAGGUGACCUGUGGAUUAGCUGGGAGGAAGGAAUGAAGGUGUUUGAAGAGUUGCUGCUUGAUGCAGAUUGGAGUGUCAAUGCUGGAAGCUGGAUGUGGCUUUCCUGUAGUUCGUUUUUUCAGCAGUUUUUUCAUUGCUAUUGUCCUGUGGGUUUUGGCAGAAGAACUGACCCUAAUGGGGACUACAUCAGACGUUAUUUGCCUGUGCUUAGAGGUUUCCCUGCAAAAUACAUAUAUGAUCCUUGGAAUGCUCCAGAGGGUGUUCAGAAGGCUGCAAAAUGUAUGAUAGGAAUUAAUUAUCCUAAACCAAUGGUAAAUCAUGCAGAAGCAAGCCGCUUGAAUAUUGAGAGAAUGAAACAAAUCUACCAGCAGCUGUCACGAUACAGAGGAUUAGGUCUCCUUGCAACAGUGCCUUCUAACCCAAAUGGAAAUGGAAAUGGCGGCCUAAUGGGAUAUUCACCAGGGGAGAACGUCUCUGGUUGUAGCAGUGCAGGAGCUCAAAUGGGAUCAAGUGAUGGUCAUACAGUGAGUGUUCAGCCAUGUGCACUGGGAGAGUCUCAUGGAGGAUCUAAUGGAAUUCAGCAGCAAGGUUACUUUCAAGCAAGCAGUAUUUUGCAUUUUCCUCAUGGAGACGAUCAGCAAUCACAUUUGCUGCAACAAGGAAGAACAUCUCUCAGCAGUGGUAUAAGUGCAGGAAAGCGUCCAAAUCCAGAAGAAGAAACCCAGAGCAUUGGACCAAAAGUCCAGCGACAAAGCACUAAUUAAAAUGCAUAGUUGGAAGAGAAGAUAUCACAGAAAAAACAUUCAGGGGAAAAUUCACUCAUUCUGUAUUGGAGCUAAAGUGUUGUGAGAAUAUUUGUAUUAAAGUAUCAUGCUUUUUCAUAAAUUAUUUUCCAACGUUCUGAAUUGUUGUAAACAAGUUCAAUUUUUGGAAUGCAUUAUUUCUAACUGGCAUUUCUAUGGUUUUUAACUUUUUAAUGACUAUUUCACAAAGGGCAAAUUGAGAUUUGUAUAUAAAGUAUUUGGUCAAGCAUUUGUUAACUUAAUGUAAAUAUAAAUAUUCAUAAUUAGUGACAGGUCCAUCAAUAUAUUUUUGAUAUUCCAUGUAUGGUAACAGGAAAGACUGUAAUGGAGGAUAUGUAAAAUGGGGACUUUCCAGGUGGAGAUGGAGUGGUUUGGAGUUUUUUUAAACUACUAAUAUUUUUAGACUUGGGAUGACCUGUGUAUGAUCCAACUUCUACAUAUUUUCCUAAUGUAAGCACUUAAGACCGUGUUUGAGUUGUAACCUUUAUUAAAAGCAGCUGUCUAGAAGUCAUGCCAAUUUUUUUGUCAAAAACUUGUAAAGUUGUCAUGUAUAUGUCCAGUCUUUGUAUUCCCCAAUUGCCUUGUUCAGUCACAACUAAGAUGACAUUGUUAAUAAAAAUGUACAUACAGAUGCUUAGUUUUCAGUGGUUU